AGUUCGCGGACCACACGCCCCCCCACCCCCCGCCUGCCGCCUGGCCCGGCUGCCGCCAAGUGUCCGCCGCCGCGUCGUGUCGCGUCGCGUCGCUCGGCCCGCCUCGCCUCGCCUCGCCACCAAUAUCUCCCCCCAACCUCGCCGCGCAACGCGCACCCCCCGCGUCGAACACCCGAGGACCGGGAGCCCGCGAUGGCGAUGGCGAUGGCCUGCCUCAACCCUCUCGCGCUCUCCCCGCGCCUGGCCUACGGCGGUAGAGCGGCCCCGCGGCGCUGCUGCUCGGUGGUGGUGCCCACAUCCUCCGCGCGCGCCGCGGCGGGUCGCUGCAGAUGGCGGCUCGCGGCGGUGGCGGAGGAGCCGCAGGCCGUGCGGCAGCAGGAGCAGCAGCAGCGGACGGAGGGGUCGGGUGAGGCCGGCGCGGAGGCGGCGGCCGACGCCUCGUCCAAGCUAGUUCUCGUCGUCGGCGGGACCGGCGGCGUAGGGCAGUUGGUGGUGGCAUCUUUACUGAGCAGGAACAUCAAGACAAGGUUGUUGCUAAGAGAUCCUGCAAAGGCAGUGACCCUAUUCGGCGAGCAAGAUGAGAGCGUAUUUCAGGCUUACAAGGCUGACACGAGAAAUGCUGCAGAAUUGGAUCCAGAAAUAUUUGAGGGAGUUACGCAUGUCAUCUGCACUACUGGAACUACAGCAUUCCCUUCAAAGCGCUGGGAUGGGGAUAACACUCCUGAACGUGUUGAUUGGGAUGGCACCCGUAAUCUGGUGAGCGCCAUGCCACGGACAAUCAAGAGACUGGUUCUGGUGUCAUCCAUCGGCGUUACAAAAUACAAUGAACUACCAUGGAGUAUCAUGAAUCUGUUUGGUGUGCUUAAGUACAAGAAGAUGGCAGAGGACUUUGUCCAGAACUCAGGCAUACCUUUCACCAUCAUAAGGCCUGGGAGAUUAACCGAUGGACCCUACACUUCUUAUGACCUUAACACACUUCUUCAAGCUACUGCUGGAGAAAGACGGGCAGUUGUCAUGGGCGAAGGUGACAAGCUUGUGGGAGAAGCAAGCAGACUGGUGGUGGCAGAAGCCUGUAUCCAAGCUUUGGAUAUUGAAUUCACAGAAGGACAAAUAUACGAGAUCAACUCGGUGAAGGGCGAAGGACCUGGGAGCGACCCAGAGAAAUGGAAGGAGCUGUUCAGAGCUGUUCAAUGAAAUUAAUGGCAUUAGCUCACCCUCAUCGUGAUGUAUUUUGUUCAUGUAUAGUGUACUUUAGUGGAAUUCCAUUGAGGUAGUUUAGUCCAUUGUAGUUAACUAGUAGUGUACAAUUCAUAUCAUCAUGUAAUGAGAUUUUAGCAAUUCUAAUCCCAAGACCGCAUUGGUGGUAAUUAGAUUUGGUACUACCACUGUCCCAAAAGGAUUUCAUUUCUAGCCAUGCAUUUGGGCAAGUAUUAGGUGUAUAUUGGGCAGGUAUUAGGUGCAUAGUCAAAAGUAAAAUCUUUUACGGGCAAAGGUAGGUAGUAAAAUGAAGUAAUAACUUUUUGGCUAUGUAUCGGAUAUAUUCUUUUCCAGACAUAUAGCUAAAAGUUGCAGAUGGAGAGAGGUGUAAUUGGCAUUCA